AUGCCUCGCGCGAAGUCAGCCAAACCCGAGGUCACGCCUCAGCUCGUGGCAGAUGUCAUGCAAAUCACGGUCAACAAGCCCGAAUUCACUCGCACUCGCGACGCGCUUGUCACUUCAUGGGUCGCUCUCCAGAAGGCCCUUCAGAAUGCCACUGCCGCCUACAUUGAUCACUCCAAUGCAUGGCUCGGUGGCACCGUCGACCUCGACCCCAGCAUGAUGAACCUCGGCGCAUUCCUCCAGGCUGGUGAACUCGUCACCAUUGGUGGUGGUCCUCCUGCUGCUCCCGAGAAGAAGCAGAGAAAGAAGGCCGAGCCCAGAGACCCCAACCAGCCCAAGCGUCCCCUCACCGCCUACCUUCUGUGGCUGGGUGAGAACCGCGAGAAGAUCCACUCCGAGCUCGGUCCUGAGCAGAAGAGAGGCGAGAUCUCGUCCGAGGGUACCAAGAGAUGGCACCAGUUGCCCGAUGAGGUCAAGCAGAAGUACAAGGACGCCUACAUCGCCUCGCGUGAUGUCUACAACAAGGAGCUCGCCGAGUUCAAGGCCAAUGGCGCACCCAUUGCCGCAGACAGCCCCGAUGCUGAUGAGGAAGACGUCGAGGCUGUAGAGCCUGCCUCUGCUGCCGCUGGCGCCGAGUCCGACGACUCCGAUGACGACAGCACCUCUUCCGAGGAAGAGAAGGAGCCCACCCCUCCUCCUGUCAAGACUCCCAAGUCUGCCCUCAAGGGUGGUCGCAAGAAGGCCGCUCCCCCAGCCUCAUCCCCUCCCCUCCCCGCCUCCAGCCCUGUCAAGAAGGGUGCUUUCACCGCUGUCAACGGUUCCAACAAGCGCAAGAGCAAGACCACCGACGCCGAAGCCGUCGUUGAGGAGCCCAAGAAGAAGCGCGGUCGCAAGGCCAAGGAGGACGAAGUCCCUGCUUCCACCCCCGCUGAGGUCCCCGCCAGCGCGAAGAAGGACAAGAAGGAGAAGAAGAAGGGUCGCAAGAGCGUCGGCGGUGAUGCUUAG